AUGACUGAAAAUUAUCCUAAAUUUUGGUCACUGACUUUUGAUAUGUUUAAAAAAGAUGUUAAAAAGGUUGAGGACAAUUUGAUUAUACUAGUGCAUUGGGUGAUGCUGAAAAAUGAUUUUCAAAUGCUUGGACUUAAAAAUGAGGUAAAAUUUGUUGGAAAUAAUUAAUAUUUAAUACCAUUUAAAGAAAAUAAUACCUAACAAAAUUAAAAGAAAAAGGACAAAAUGAUAUUAUCUCAACUGUUGUGUUAAAUAAUCUGGUUUUGUAAUAUAUUUAGGUGACAGUCUGAGUAGAUUUAAGAGUUAGUGUUAAACACUUACUUGAAUUUGUCAAUAUAUUUUUUAAGUAUGUAGGAAUAUGAUUUUCGUUGCAUUGUCUUUUAAUUCUCUGCAAAUUUCUAGUAUGUGUAAGUACUUUAUAUUAUAAACUAUUUAUCUAAAAAUAUCUUUAAAAAAAAUAAAAAUAGUCAGCAAAAUGUUUAAUCUUUAUUACCUCAGAAUCGUUUUAGAUAUAUAGUACAACCAGUGUACAAACUGUAAUUGUGAGAAUAAAGUAAUAAACUAUUUUUUUAUUUUAUAAUAAAUAGGUAUUUAUUAAAUCUUAAACCUACAUUGAUAAUUAAGUGAACUUGAUUUUUUUUUUUGAAAGGAAAAUGAAUCAAAGAUCGAUGAAAAUGAAGAAGCAACUGAUAAUUUACCCCCAAAUUGGUCACAAAAUAUAACAUACAAGUUUCGUUACAUACGUAAUAAGCAAUUGUUUCUAUUAAAUGGUAUUAAAACAGGAGAUAUUCUUAUUUUCAAUUUCUAUGUGAGUAUAACAUUUAAAAAAUAUAAUUAAUAGUUAAUAUUAGGUAACUAUAAAUAUGCAUCAAUUUAUUAGAAUGUAAUGACAAAAAAAGUGUCAAGUACUUCCUUUGGAGAUAUUAAUGAUAUAGUGCAGAUGAUGAAUGAUAUGACACAUAAUAAUGACGAAAAAAAAAAAUUUAAUGUAGUUGUUGAUUUGCUUGAAAAAGACCUUAUUGAACCAAUGCAGUUGGAAAAUGAGGAAAAAAAAGUAGUCAGCACUCAAACAGAUUCAGUAGAUUCAAACUUAUCUUCUAUUGAGGUGUCUCCGUAAGUGUUUUAUUUAGUUUCAUUUAUUUUUUAUUAUUGUACUAAGCCUCCUAUGGGUGGAAAGCCCAAUGGGCAUUAUGGUAUUUUUAGUGUUUUAUUUUAAUGUGUUUGUUUUACAAUUUUUUUUUUUUUAUCUGAAUAACUUCCAGAAAAAUUAAUCUGUUUUUUAAGUAUAGUAACUUUUGUGAAAGUUAGGAAGGUAAUUUUUUAAUUUUUCAAGAGGUUUUCAUAAUAAUUGAAAAAGCGGGAAAGUGUUUGAAAUGUAUUAUUAUGGUUAGCAAUGACUUAUUGUUGCGUACAGAUAUACAUUAAAUUGACAUAAUAGUUGAAGUUGAGAGUUCUAAGUAGCCAGAAUAUUUUGUACAAAAUUAUGGUAGCUUUGAAAAAGAUAUAAAAUAUAGGAUUUAGAGUGAGAAAGAAGUGGAGUAAGUCUUAAAGGAAGAAAAGUGUCAGGUGUUUCAUGCAAUAAGAGCAUUUCAAAGAAAUUUAAAGGUAAGUUCUACAAAGGUUUGGUGGUUACAACAUAGAUGGUUUUAUCUAUGAUGUAUGGUUUGGAGUGUUGGAUAUAAACAGAGAUGAGGAUUCUUAGAUGGAUGAGUGGAGUGGCAAGAGAAGAUAAGAUAACAUAAAAGUACAUAAGAACUAGCUUUGAUAGUAGAAAAAUGAGAGAAAAUAUAUUGAGAUGGUUUGAGUAUGUCACGAAAAGAGAGAAAUCUGAAACGGUAAGAAUUAUAAUGAAAAUAAAUAUAACAAAUUUAGGUUCAUUUUGUUACUACAUAAUUUUAUGUUAAAUUAUUAUGAACUGUACUAUUAUAGAUGUAAUUGUUUUAUGAUUGUAUAGGGAUUUGUCAAAAUAUUUUAAUAGACGUAUGGGCAUGAGAAAUAGUGGAUCACAACCAUAUGGUCUUCCCGAUUUAGAUCCUUUAGGAAGAACUUUUCCUGGUAGUGGAGGCAUGCUUUUUGAUCCAUUUAGAAGGUCAAGAGUACCUAGAGUAUCGCCAUUCCCUGCAAGGUAUAAUAUAUAUAUAGGUAUAACCUUAUACAUUAUUGUAAUUUUUACUAAUAAUGUUAACUACUUAGAAAUCCAUUGGCCCGGUUUGAUCAAAUAAACCCAGGUUUUGGAGAUGACUACGGUAACCGUGAUAUUAGACCACCAUACCCAGAUCAUAUAAGACCGCCAGAUUUUGAUGAUGAUAUGUACAUGUAA